AUGGAUGAAUCAAUGAAAAGAAGAAGAGUUUGUUCUGAACGUAGGAAUGAGAAGAGUAAGGAGGUGUCGCUGUCGUCUGGGUUAUUGUCGUUGCCUGACGAGGUGGCUCUGAACUGCCUGGCUCAUGUCUCGAGAUUAGACCUGGCGGCCUUAGCCGUAGCCUCCAAGUGUCACCGGUCUCUUGUCGUUUCCCCUCAGCUUUGGGACCUGAGACGUUUUAAGGGUUCCACUGAGCCAUCUCUCUAUGUAUGCUUGCACAUCCUUCCUGAACCAAACCCACGUUGGUUCAUCCUUAACCCCAUGCAACGUCGGUUGAAACCCAUUCGGUCGAACCGCUAUGAGGAGGCUCAGUCGUUAUCCUCCUUCGUGGUGAUUGAUUGGGGAAUCUUUAUAAUCGGUGGAAUCAGAAACGGCGAACCCACUUCUGAUGUGUUUUUCCUUGACUGUUUCGAGCACUCAUGGAACCGUCUCCAAUCUAUGUACGUGCCUCGUGCUUCCGCAACGGCAUGCCUGAUAGGCAAGAAGAUAUACGUGUUUGGAGGGUGUGGAGAUGAAGCUGAUUCUUUUAACUGGGUAGAGGUAUUCGAUCUCGAGACCCAAACUUGGGAGGUGUUGUUUGUGUUUACCCCCAAGAUGCCCCUCAAUAUUGAACAUAGUGUGGUGAUAGAUAAGGAACUGGUUUACGCUGUGGAUGAUGAGGGUCAAGAUUUCUCCUUCUCACCAAGUAAACGUUUAUUUUGGACAAGCGGGAUGAUAGAUUCUAAGCCGGGACACAGAAGUGAUUGGUGUGUCAUUGGUAAACUAUUGUUCUGUCGUGGUACUCGCGGGAGAAUACUAUGGUGUGAUCCAGAGGAUGGGUUUGAUUGGGAGGAAGUCAAGGGGUUGGAAGACUUCCAAGACUCUUUUUGUGGUUCGGUACAACCGUGGGGGUUGGGGAAGACCAAGGUCCAGUAUGAUAUCAACAAACUCUGCACCGACCCCGCUGGGAACAUUGUCAUAUUUUGGAACAAUCCUGAUAGUUUGGAACUUUGGUCUGCUGUUAUUUCCUUGGAGUCAUGCAAUGGGGGACUCGAGAUUAAGGGAAAGAUUGAAUGGUCCGGUGCUGUCUUCAAACUUGAUCCUCUCUCAAAGUCGUCAUAUAGCGUUAAUGUCUUAUACUCUGCUUAUGUCAAUGCCUGAAAUUCUCAAAUAUUAGUUGGAGUGUGAUUUAUAUAACUAUUC